AUGGUCUUCGUAGACGGCUCCUUUGCCAACAACAAGGACCUCAGCUCACAGCUCGGCUUUGUCCUCAUGCUCGUCAACGAGUCUAUUGACGCUAACACCUUCACAAUCCAAGGCAACAUAAUCCACUACAGCUCUACAAAAUGUAAGCGCGUCACAAGGAGCGUACUAGCCUCUGAGAUUUAUGGCAUGGUCAACGGCUUUGAUAUAGGCAUCGCUAUUGCCACUACCUUAAGAAUAGUCACAGAACGACUUAGAAUACCUGAGGUUCCCUUGGUUGUCUGUACAGACUCGUACUCCUUGUACGAGUGCCUCGUUAAGCUUGGAACAACGAAGGAGAAGCGUCUUAUGAUCGACAUCAUGGCGCUGCGUCAAUCAUAUGAGCGUCGCGAGAUCACUGAGAUCCGCUGGAUCAAUGGUGACGAUAAUCCUGCUGACGCCUUCACGAAGGCAUCGCCAAACCGCGCUCUUGAACGCUUUAUUGACGGCAACAAGCUGACAGUCCGAGUAGAUGGAUGGGUGCAGAGGCCGACAAGCUUUGAUGUUUGAUGCUACACACACUGUCACUACCGAUACAAGCAGAGUUACUAGCUAUCCAGAAAGAAAAGACUUCCAAUGUCGAAUCGUGAGUAUCGGUAGAGACGUCGGCUGCUUGACACUUCGGCCCGACUUCGGCCCACCUUGCGCAGAGCUUAGGUGUACCUUCGUAGCAGCUAUGUUCGUAGAAGAUCAAUACCAAUACCAGUCACCA